GUUACCUUCCCUGCUACAUAGGCGGCGCUGGAGGAUUAGCCACGCAGGUCGAGAGAAGAAGAUGCUGAACUGUCAAAACUCGUUAUGACGAUAGAUCUCAUACGUGGUGAUGGGCAUUUAUGAUAACUACCAUUGGUGAUGUAAGAGUGUUUCCAAAUCUCACCAUCCUCCAGUAACACCUGACCAAUCAAAAUGUCCAGCAACAACAACAUCGUUAUUGAGAUGAAGGGGGAGCCCAUCACCAGCAUGUCAACGACAGUCAAGGGGACAAUGGCAGCAGUGUUUUAUGGAGUCUGCUCUGUAGCCACAGCAUUUAUCAGCAAGGCCCUCAUGACAUCGAUGAUGUUUGACUACCCAGUGUUCAUCAUGGUUGUGCAGAUGAUGUUCACAAUCCUCCUUCUGGAGACCCUCAGUUUUCUGGGUGUCCUUGACCUACCCAGAUAUAGUUUGGCCCGAGCCAAGAAGUUUCUGUGGCCGGCAUUAUUCUAUGGGGCAAAUGCAGUGCUUGCUCUUACAGCACUGGCCCACAUGAACAUUGCCAUGUAUGGCGUACUGAAACGAUGUGUACCUAUCUCCACCAUGUUACUUGCCAUAGUGAUCCUGAAGAAAGGCUUUCCAUCACGUCUAACCCUUGUGGCAGUUGUUAUGCUGUCCAUGGGCUGUGUUGUUGCAGGUUAUGGGGACCUGUUCUUCCACCUGAAUGGCUACCUGUGUGGCAUCUCCAGCAACUUCACCCAAGCUAUGUACCUGUUGCUGGUACAGAAGUAUUCCGAGAAAGAGCAGUCCACGGUGGAGACACUGCAGCUCAACAGCUUCAACACCCUUCCUCUCCUCAUCCUGGCCUGCAUAGUCAACGGGGAGCUGGCCACCCUGGCCCAGUACGACCAGUACCACCAGCCGCUGUUCUACGUGGUGUUUCUGGUGGCUGUGGCUUCUGGCUGCCUUCUCAACUAUUCGCUGUUCCUGUGUACGGGCCUCACAUCGGCUCUUACCACCAGUGUGGUCGGAGGUCUCAAGGCCAUGGUUCAAACCACCCUCGGUCUCUUCACCUUCGGAGGUGUCAGUCACAACAUAGCAACGUACACCGGCAUCGGGAUGAACCUGUUGGGAGGAAUACUUUACAUUUAUGCCAAGUACACAGAGAACAAGCAGAGAAUAUCAGGGGACUUGAAAAAAGUGAUGAGCUUUUCAUCGUCAAAAGAUUUACAAGAGCUGGCCAGUGUCAAAUCAGGUCACAGACAUACUGCUAAUGGAAAUGUUGGUUAUUUCCAGAGUACAGUGGAUGACAAGCAUGAUUCCCGUACAGUGUCUUGAUGACAGAUGAAGCCCUUAGAACACCGGACAAUAUCGGGAUGAUGAGGCCAAAAUUCAUCCAGUAUAUGCUGAACUGACAAAGUCUGGACACAUAAGUGGUGGUCUCUUAGUUAAUAUGUUAAUCAAAGCAAGUAGCAAAAAUACAACUUUAAAAUCUGAAUGGGAUUUACAAACACCUAAAUACAUAUAAUGAUUUAAAACUGGACAUGAAAGAGGAGGUCUGUAAUUUACAUGUAAGUCAAAGCAAGUAGAAAUGCUGCUUUGACAUAUGCUUGUAUCAUGAUCAUUAAUAUUAGCAAAAAGUUUGUUAUUUGACGAAUAUGAUGUAAUCAUAGCAACAUGGAUUACCAUUGACAGAUUUGGAGUUUCCCACUACAUGGAUGAAAA